UUUUUUUUUCACGAAAUUUAUAUACUAUUAAUUAUUAAUCCUCCAACAUUGACAGUUGUCACAAUUAGUUAUAGAUUGUCGAAAUUAUUAACGUUUUCCUAAUAUAUUUUAUAAUAAAACUAUGGUUUUAACCGUUUUAAAAUGUUUCAAUAAAACGCUAAUGAAACCACCGUUCUUACCAAUUUGGAAAAGAAGAUUUCUUUCAACAGAAAAAUUAGAUGAUAAAUUACACUGUUGUAAAAUAUUAGUCGUUGGUGGAGGAACCGGAGGUUGUGCAGUUGCGGCAAAAUUCGCCAAAAAUUUUAUAAAAUGCGACAUUAUAGUGUUAGAACCAAGCGAUAUCCAUUAUUAUCAACCGUCGUAUUCAUUAAUUGGCGCCGGAGUAACAACAUUAAGAAAUAGUCUUAAACCAACCAUCGCAGCUUUACCUGAAAAUGUAACUUGGUUUAAAGAUUCGGCUGAAUUUUUUUGCCCGUUUGAAUGUAGUGUUGUAACAAAAACGAAAAAAAUUAUUAAAUAUGAAUAUAUGAUUAUUUCAACAGGAAUGGAAUUCGAUUUUGAUAAGAUUAAAGGAUUAAAGGAAGCAUUAGAUAAAUAUGAUAAUGUCGUUACAAUUGCGUCACCUCAAUAUGCUGAAAAAACUUAUUGUGGUUUGAAUAAAUUUUCAUGUGGAAUUGCCGUCUUUACGCAUCCAAAAGAACUUUCCAAGUAUAAUUCAUUGAAUAUGUGUUUUUUAGCUGAACAUUAUUGGAGAAUGAAUGGAAAACUAUGCGGUACUAAAAUAUUUUAUUUAACAGCCGCAUGUGAAAUAUUUCCGGUUAAUAAAUAUGCAACAAGUGUUAAUAAAUUAGUAAAAAAGAAGAAUAUUGUAGCGUGUUUAGAAAGAAAUCUAAUUGAAAUUAAUCCUAAAGAUAAAACAGCUACUUUUGAAGAAGUCCAAAACCCAAAAGAAAGAAGUUGUAUGAAGUACGAUUUUUUACAUGUAACCCCUCCAAUGAAACCAGUGGAAGCAAUAAAAAAAUCAAAAGAAAUAUCAAACGAACAUGGUUUUGUUGAUGUUAACAAAGGAACUUUACAGCAUAAUACAUUUCAAAAUAUUUUCGCUUUAGGAGAUUGCGCAUCUUUACCAACAUCGAAAACAGUUUUUGCCACAAACGCUCAAGCUAUUGUUGUACAUAAAAAUUUGACGUCAUAUAUGACCGGAAGAAAAUUAAAAGCUUGUUACGACGGUUAUGCAGCUUCUCCAAUCAUAACGGGAUACGGAACGUGUAUUUUGGCGGAGUACGAUUAUAAACUGCAUUCGAAAGAAACAUUGCCGAUUCGGCAAGAACGCGAAAGUAAAUUUGCUUAUUAUAUUAGAAAAGAUUUGUUGCCAAAAUUGUAUUGGAAUUGGUUGCUGACUGGAAAGUAUCCGAGAACCGCAGGAUUUGGAAAGUUAUUUUCUUGGUAUAAAAAAAAAUAAAGCUGAAAAAUUAAAAUUAAAUUAAAUAAAUCUAAAAUUAAUCCUGGU